AUGGAUCGCUUGAGGUAUUCAGCGACUCCUGUUAUCCGGAAGAGUUUCAAGGAAAAGAUCGUGCAAUAUUAUGAAGCUCUCUUCAGGGGAGAGGAUCCGUCCAUAGGGAACGCCAGUUUUUGGGACGAGUUUUUCCUCUUGAAGCCGAAGAUAUCCUUUUUUGAAUCCGAAAUCGGAAAAUUUAGUGGAGAGCAAUUGGUGAGCUCAAAACCCAUACUGAACAGGAUAUUCAGCAGGUGCGUUUCCACUCUGGAAAUUGACCAAGCCCUUCCACAGAAUCAGUUCAGGACCAUCAAUGCCGUGAUAACUUUGAGUGGGCUGAUACAUAGCGUGAACUUGAAGACUUCUUUGAAUCACGGAUUUGACACUGUCGAUCUGCUAAUGGGUUUCCAGGAAUCAGAGGGAUUGAUGAAAACUUUGCUCGACAAGAUCAAUGAAUUCCUUGCUGUUGUUCUUACUUCCGUGAGAGCUGUGCAACAUUUUUCGACAGGGGAUUACCAUUCCUGCUUGAAGUCUUCAUGUUUGAAGCUCCUGCUUACCAUCGCCCUAGGAACAGACAAUGUCAGUCAAAAUACGUUGCUGGAAUUUUUGAUGAUGAAUCCUGUUCACGAAGUCAUCAUACAUAUUCUUUCCUGCGUUGCCUGGCGACAACAAUUCGGGCAUGAAUGCGUCCUUUUGCUCACAUUGCUUGUGAACUACAGAAAAUUCGAGUCAGUCAAUCCGUAUGGUGUUAAGCUUUCGAUAUUGAGUGAUGAGCUCGCCUUGCAUGGAUAUGGCCAGGUUGUUGGGUCAUCCCUGGGAGAAUUCAUUCAGCGUUAUGCGGUCCACGUUCAGGAUGGAGCCGGAGGAGCUGCUUCUAAUGCUGCCGGUGGUGGUCUUUUUUCUGCAAUAUCAUCUGUUGUUGGAAGUUUUUUCGCUGGGGAAGAGACAGAAAAAACUGCUUGCAUCAGAGCGAACAUUGGGAUGCUUCUGGCUCUGUAUGAAGCCGUACAUUUGAAUCGAAACUUCAUUGCCGUGAUAACUCAGUUGCAAGCCGACUUGGUGCCUGUCGGCAACGAUGAACCUUCGGCAUCGCUUCCGGACACUGGCAUGUCAAGCGAACUUCCUUUGCCCCCUCCAGCUGAGGUUCACAUGUCAAAAGAAGCACGAUCUGCUAGUCAAGCCAGUGGACGAACAAUGUCAACCGGGGAAUCUGCCUUGGAAAAUUCGGGAAACCAGAAAAAGAGUGACACUGACCAGCCCUCCAAUUCAUGUGAAACCACGAAUCUUCUCGUAGCGUUUUUGGAAUACAGCUCCAUAGUCAUGCAGGAAACGAAGAUGGAGUCGCGUUGCGACACUGUAAAACUGUGCUUUAUGAUAUUGGCCUGUGUUGCGGAGGAUCAAUACGCAAAUUCUCUUAUGCACGACCCGAAUUUUGUAUUCUCGUGUGUCCUUCAUCGAAUGCCAAUGCGACAUCGGAAGGUUCCUGUGCACAUGAAAUCACCAUCGCGACCGUUGGCCUGUGCGUUACUGGACUUGAUGAUAGAGUUCAUCGUCAGUCACAUGUUCAAACGUUUUCCUCUGGAUUUGUAUAACCAAGGACUUGGCAUCAUUCAUAGGCUGGUAUGUUACCAAAGAAGGGCAAGAGUGCGGUUAGGUUACUCGUGGCAUCACCUGUGGUCGGCGCUGAUCUCGUUGUUGAAGUUUAUUCAAGCCAAUGAGAACGGAUUGGUGAAGAAGAUGAACGUAUUUCCUUUAUGUUUAAAAGCUAUCAGUAUCUUCAACUUGUUCAUAACUCAUGGAGACACAUUCCUCGCCGCUCCGACUGCCUAUGACGACCUCUAUUACGAACUUAUACGGAUGCGUCAGGUAUUCGAAAAUUUGUACGCGAUGGCUUUACGAUAUUCCACUACGCCUCACGGGGCCAGCUCUACCGAAUGGCGGGAAAGUGCGUUGAAAUUGUCGAACGCAUUAGUCAAUAUUCGGGGCAUUAUAAACCACUUCACACCUAGGAUUGAAGCUGUGUCACAAGCAAACGGUGGAGCCGCAUUGACGGAAGAACAAGUUUUGGAUGUCGUGAGACAGAAUUACGAUUCAUUGACGCUGAAGCUGCAAGAGAGCUUGGAUCAAUACGAACGUUACUCGGAAAAGCCGCAUCAAGCGUUCUUCACUCAAAUGGUUCGAAGCUUCGUUUGCGACACUCGACAGAGCCUCAGUCUUGCUUCGGUGGAUCAGUCACGUUUAUUGAGGGAUGCGUGAUAAUUCCUGGCUGCAAUUCUUGCCUAUUGACUCGUGUGCGUUGCAAUUUGUGACAAUGCUGCGGUUUUUGUGUGAUAUGCGAAGUCCUUCGAGAUAUGUGGUGAAGGCUGCGGGGUUGAGUCAAAGGAUUCGGUGACCAGAAGUUUUUCGUGCACGUCGGUGAGGCGUAUUUAUUUUUCUCAAAUUUCCUCGAUGGAUGAGUUCAUUUUAUGUUUUCAACAUUUGUUUCCUACGAACAAAUGGAAAACCGCACACAAAUCUUGGUUCAUCUUGUCCGCCUUCGAGCCUUGAAGGGCUUGCUAAACCGUGAAUUAUUACGUUUUUUGUGUUACCUCUGUGGAAACAGGUUUGAGAAAACUACCGAGUUUGUUCCAGAUUCUUCCGGGUUCCUUAAAUCCGUGAUCGCGUCUUCUGACGUUCAAGUUUUCUUAAGUGACGGACAGAUGUUUCUCGGAAGAUGAGGCAAAUAACAGAUCAUUCCUGAAUUGAAAUUAUGCGUUAGUGUUUUCAUUUAGAUGUUUCGAAGACCUACAGCUUCAGUCAAGACCGUAUACAUGAUUUGUAUUCUUUUUGAGCUUCUUUCAAUAAAAAAUUUCCUUUCUUCAAAACAAAUUGUAACUACGACUUUGCACUUCCACUGAUGUUUCGUGCUUCACUCGGUUCAACACUUUUUUUCUGUAUCGUUCAUUGUAAACCUGAGCUGAUUUCCUCGUGCUGAAUAAAAUUCCAGAACACUUCACUAUUUGCCGCUGCAACUUACGGUUCGCCUUGAAAAAUUUCAGAAGAUUUAUAAUGCUGAUCCUGAUAAAAAAGCUGCAACUUUCAAGGGAUGAAAUUUAAGCUUUUCGCGCGCAGCAUGUGAGAAAAAAUGUGGCAUUUAUUGAAGUCGGUCUUUCCCGCAACGCUUCCCAGCCUUCAUCCGGGCGCCGGCGCGAAACUUGGGAGAACUUGCUCCACAUUUGUUGUUCGGAAACGAAUGGACGACGAAGUUGUGUCUGGCUUUUGUCGACUUAUUGGGGAUACGAAUCCGUUACAUUCUGAAGACGGAAAAGUUGUUCCCGGAAUGCUAGUCGUCAGUCUCGUCUCAGGCAUCGUCGGCUCAAAAUUUCCAGGUGCCGUGUUGGUGACCAAGGAAGCCACUUUCUUAUCGCCCUUGAAAGUUGGGGAGGAUGUGAACAUCGAAAUCGUCGUUGGACCCGAAAGAAAGUUGACGGAUAUUGAAUAUGUAUGUCGCAGUAUCGGAACAGGGGGGAUUGCUUUGUCGGGGCGAAUGAGGAUAAAACUGCCGAGGAAAAGCGUUUGAGUGAUAAAUUACUUGUUAUUACUCCGG